UGAGCUCCGAGUGAGCAAUGAACAGAGAGAAGCCAGGCAUAGACAGAUCAGGACUAUUAUUGGAUGUAUGGAUUACAGUAAUCCAGAGCACACUGAACGCUGCCGUUCAUAACACACUAGAUCUGCUCUUCAAGAUGGACACGAAGAUCCUCAGCAUGUUUCUGCUGCUGCUGACUCAAGUUUUCAUUGGAGUAAACACACAGGGGGAGUUAGAGAUGCCGUGGCCUUAUGAAGAUGAGGACCAUGUGAGUGUGAAGGAAGUGGCGGAGAAUCAAACACCGACGGGCUGCAGCUGUGACUGUCAGGAGGCGCGACCCACCGGAACUCCAGCCUCCUGGACCUCCAUCAGCACCACGCCAUCCACACACAGCCCCUAUCUAGACUGCAUGCCGGAGUGUCCCUACCAGAAACCGCUGGGUUUUGAGUCCGGAUCGGUGAUGGCGGAACAGCUUACCUGUUCAAACCAGGAUCAGUACGUGGGCUGGUUUUCCUCAUGGACCCCAAAUAAAGCCCGACUGAACAGUCAGGGGUUUGGAUGUGCAUGGCUGUCCAAACUCCAGGACACGAGUCAGUGGCUUCAGAUUGACCUCCAGGAGGUGCGGGUGGUCUCGGGUAUCCUGAGUCAGGGCCGCUGUGAUGCUGACGAAUGGACAACGAAAUACAGCCUGCAGUACCGGACCCAGGAAAACCUCAACUGGAUCUAUUACAAAGACCAGACUGGGAACAAUAGGGUAAAAGCCUGAAUAAAUAAAAGGUGUUCC